AUCGUUGUCUAGAGGGGUCUAGAAUAGUGGGAGAGGAAUAAACCAUAAUCACAAGAUCUUAUCUUAUGUCUGGAAAUGUCCAAAACAUCCCAUAUAAAUUUCACUUCGGACAUAGAUUUUCUGUGUUGUUUUGCUUCACUUAAAAGUGUUUGUGAUAUUCCUCCAGCAACUCUGAUACGCCAAAAAUGGCAUCAUCACUCUCAACUCUGGGUGUCCAUACUCCCUUAUCACAUGUUAGAAUCCUUAAAUUCCCACCCUCGCCGCCAACAAACAGCAGAGCUUUCUAUGCUCAUGCAAAGGCCAACGCAGGAGAAGGGAGAGACAGCAUGGUUCGCUCAAGAGGGGUGACCCAGCAGCAACUCCAGCCAAACGAGCAAUCAGCACAGGCUCCCCUCAAAGGGAUAUGGGAUUGGUAUCCAACAGCAAGAACAGUGCCACAAACGGUGGACACGAUGGAGAGCCUGACACUGACAGAAGAUCCUUUAACUUCCACAAAGCGUAGAACACCUUGGGCAAUAAAGGAACGGGAGCAAGACUACAAGAUCAGGUUUGAUAUGCCAGGUAUGACUAAGAAUGAUGUCAGAGUAUGGGUUGAAGAGAAUAUGCUUGUGGUGAAGGCAGAGAAGGUAAUGCCUAAGGACCACACAGAGGAGGAAAUUUGGCCUACGAAAAGCUUUGGAAGGUACAACAGCAGGAUUGCACUGCCAGAGAAUAUCGAGUUUGAGAAGAUCAAGGCAGAGGUGAAAGAUGGAGUGCUUUAUAUAACCAUUCCAAAAGCCACCAUCACAAGCAAAAUUGUUAACAUCAACGUAGAAUAAAUGAGAGUCUACUUUCCAGCUCCAUAA